UGUGGACAUGGGCCCGCACUAAGGCGGGCCUCUCCCGUAACAUCAUGCACCUGAGAGCGCUGCUUCUGAUAGCGCUCUUGCUGCCGGGCUGUGCCCUGUCGUUCCCCGGUGGCCAGGUGGACCAAGGCCAGCAACAAGGACUGCUUGAAGCGUUGCAGAAGCUCCGGCUGCUCAACCUUCCAAACGGACGGCAUCAAAACCAAAGGGACACGCACGCAAGACAAGCUCAGCAACAGCAGUCUCAACAGGUUUUUGGUGACAUCGCGAACGCGAGUCAGAACGCUGCUGUCUUUCCGGACUUGGACUCGCUGUUAAGAAGCCGGCUCAAACGCGAUCAAUCUCUCAUGGUCCAGAUAAAUGUCUUCAAUAGCGCCGGGAAAGGUUGCUGGCACAGGAGGAAGGCAUCGUCACCCGCAGUUUCCACGAAACCGGAAGUGAACGCCAUGGAAACAGUUGCUGCCGUCCCACCUAAACUUCCAGCAUCCGGGUCCUCAGCAUCGGCAAAGCCUCCUGCUCCGGCAUUAGGCAGUGCAUCCACACUAGCGUAUGCGGAUAUAGUCACUGAUAAUGUGCCUUUCAUUAAGUCAAAGGCACCUUUCGCGGGAUAUUCAUUAGACCGGGUGUCUCCGACUGAAGUGGUUGACGCCAACGUAACUGAAAGCAUAGUCGUGGAAACAGCACCCGCCCGCGCACUCGGAAUGGAAUCGGCGCCUCUACAAGCACAGGGCGAGAAGGACGUCAUCCACAACUAUGCUGCGACACCCUCGGAGUUCGCACAACCCUUGCAGUAUUCACAGGAAGAUAAUACCACGCUGAACGACCUGCUGUUCACCGCUACGGAUGCUACCCACUCCCGUUCGACGCCAGUGGACGCCGUGUGGAAAUCGGCAAGUUAUGUACCUUUCUUUCCCAAACAGAGUUUUGAUGACUAUCGUUCCAAGGAAGGUUCUAAGCAACACCUCUCCCCCUUGACCAUGCACUUCGGCCCGCCAGCUCCAGUGCUGAAAUUUACAGUGCCGCUGCUGAUACCACCUGAGCAACGCUCAGAUGACGUUGUUCAACCUAAGGCAGAUAUAGGCAUAUACCUCCAGAAGCAGGUGGAGAGCUUUGAUCUGAAUGAUCCAUCUCGUUGUUUACAGUCACUCAGUUUAGGUCUCAAGUGUGACGAGAGUACACAGCUAUACAGGGCUAAAGCCUCUGGAACACCUGACUCGUCAUUAAAUAUUCUCAGCGGGAACGUUCCUGCAGCCGUGGGACCCAGGAACAUAGGCCGAAAAAGCAGUGGCCCCGUUGAACGGUGCAUUUGCAGCGAUACUGACCUUGGGGACAAAGAGGGCUUUAAGCUUGCUGGCACACAGGAGUUGCUACUCAAGCCCCGAGCGGAAAACCUCGAGCGUCUGCGACCACAGCUUCAGCAAAAGCCACCGCUUAAGAUAUUCGGAAGCCUCCGCUACCCGCCUCCCAACGACGUCGUUUACGAGUACGCCACAACCUACGUGUACGAGGACUACUUCCCCACGGCGUACUACGAAAACCAGCCUCAGCCGCAGGAAACACUUCCGCCGCAGAAGCCCGCCCUAGGGCCGUCGUAUCAGCAGCCACAGCCAGUGCCUCAGCUGAGCUUAGCUUCGUUGCUGCGCCCAGAAGCCGCCAGAUACGAGUCACGCACAGCCACGAACCACCCUCUAGGAUCCUUGGCGGCCGAGCACAAGGCGCGGCGUUUCAAGGCAGGAACUGGAACGCGAAUCACUUCGGGCCCUCGAAAGCGGUUUGCACGGGACCUGCAGGCCGUUCAGGAACCGGUGAUGCGGUGCCCGUGCAGCAGCACUCGAAAGCCACCUUGCACUAAGACGCCGAAGAAGUGCGUCAAAAAGCGUCCGUGCACCACGAAAGCGAAGAAGUGCAAAAAGCCCUGUCGCAAGAAGCCGCAAGAACCCAACAUGCAACAAUUUCCUGUGCCACCCAACAUGCCACCAUUUCCUGUGCCACCCAACAUGCCACCAUUUCCUGUGCCACCGAACAUGCCACCAAAUUGAUCGUAAUUUACUAAUCUACGUAAGGUUACCGGCCGUGAAACUAGCUUGCGGGUCGAAGUGCUGCUAAAAUGUCAGUGUUAGUAACGCACAAUGCACCGCCUCCAUGUACAUGCAAAUCGCAAUUUUAAGCGUCACUUGUUUGAUUAUAGAAGAAAUUACACGCUUUUUUUUUCAUUGUAAUCGUGUUAUAGCGCAUUAAGGAAGCCUGCAAGUUUUAUUUGUGUGUUCAUUUCUUGCUUCAACUCACGACAAGAAAAGCAAACGAUUUUCUUCUCGGUAUUUUUCUACACAAAUGUGCACCUAGGGAGCCUUGUAGAGCGGAGAGAAACGCCCAUGCACCGAAUUCGUCGGAGUGCGCCAGCUGCAGUUUACUAGUGUAUACGCCCGUAACAAAUGUGUAUGUGUGAAACACAGACGAUUGAUAAAUCUA